AUGGGGUUCCGUCUGCCUUCUGUAAUUCCUGCUAAGAAACUUUUUCGAAGGUCUUUUUCAAAUUCAAGUCAAGGAGCUUCGUAUAAUUUAGCGGACGUUCCUAAAGGUUAUUUUUCAGUUUAUGUUGGUGAGAGUGAGAAGCACCGAUUUGUGGUUCCCAUAUCUUUCCUCUGCCAGCCUGCAUUUCAACACUUGCUAAGUAAAGCUGAAGAAGAAUUUGGAUUUGAUCAUCCAAUGGGCGGUCUAACAAUUCCCUGCAGACAAGAUGCUUUCCUUGAUCUUGUAUCUCGCUUAAGUGCAAUCUUGCGCAUUUUUUUUUUCGAUCUAGGAGGGAGAAAUAUUGUUCCCCUGGAAUCAGAUUAUGUAAAUGCCUAA